UCCGCCUGCUGCUCCUCUGCGUUUCAAGCCAAAUCCCCACUUGGAAACCCCAGGCUCGUCGCCGCCGCCGGUCGCCAUGGCGCCGCCCCAUCCAAGUGCAGAGCCGCCCCUCCAAACCCUAGCCGUGACCCGACGGCCGACGACGAGUUCAAUCUGGAUCUGCUCCGCGCGGCCAGCGAGGGCGACCUCCGCCUCUUAAAGAGUAGGCAUUUCGGAUUUCCCCGUUCGUCGCGUCGCAGUGCUGGUGUGGGUGCUGGACAAGAGCAGAAUGGAUCCCAGGGAGGUGGUGGGGGCGGCCAAGCACCAAGGCGUCGGGGCGGUGCACAUCGCCGCCAGAAAUGGGAGGCUACCCGUGUGCACGUACCUGGUCGAGGAGCUAGGGGUGGAUGUGGACGCCGUCGAUAACGAAGGUGCCUCUGCUGCGUGUUCUCUGUCCCUAGCUAAACUAGUAUGUCUUGUCAGUCUACUUCCAGGUGUAUUGGCUCGUAUUUUGUGCUAGACUUUGAAUUUGUAUUUGAAAUAGGUUCUCCAUGCUACAAAUUUUGUGACAUAUAGUUAACAUUUUAUUACUCCCUCGCAUUUUAUUAAUUUAUUACUCCCUCCAAGGCGUCGUGGAGCUGCGACAAUUAAUUUGGAUCGGAGGGAGUAAUUAACUUUAGCCCAAACUAAAGAGAGGCUUAAUAAACCCGGACGGAGGGAUUAAUGAUUGGAAAACAAAUCAAUUUUACUAUUAUGACAUUUGUAUGCAACUAAUUUGGGGAUACGGACAUGCUCCGACAGGAAUUUAUUUAUUCGAAUUAUUGAUCCCGGUAUUUUUCUCAUUGACACGCUUGGUAUAUCUAACGCCUCUGUUCUGGGCAAUGAUUGGUGGAAGGAUGGAUACUAUGAGUUAUCUUCUUGAUCAUGGGGCCAAUCCACACAAAGUUGAUGACCGAGGGUUCAACCCACUUCAUCGCGCUGCUCGAAGAGUGUAACAAGAUAGUACCUGGUGCUGAAACCCUUCUUCUUGCUGCAAUAGCGGGUUCCUCAGUGAAAUGUGUCAAGCUCCUGGUCGAGGCUGGUGCGGAUGUCAAUGACGGUCUUAUAACCCCUUUAGUUGCUGCUGCUACAAAUACUGCAUGCUUGAAAUACUUACUGGAAGCUGGUGCCAACCCUAAUGUUCCUGACAACUUUGGUAGGAUGCCAAUAGAAAUUGCUGCACUGGAUGGUUCAAGGGAAGACGUUGAGAUCUUAUUUCCUGUGACUUAUUGUAUUCCAACUGUGCAUGAUUGGAGCAUCGACGGAAUAAUACACCAUGCAAAGUCAGCGUCUAUGAAGCAGGGUGAUCAUUCAAAUGUGAGAAGAAUGGCAGAGUUGAAGUCACUUGCGGUUAAUUCUCUUAAGAGAAACGAUUAUUUUUCUGCGGCAACACUGUACAGUGUGGCAAUGAAGCAUGACCGUCAUGACGCUACUUUGUUAUCGAACAGAAGCCUUUGCUUUCUCCGCAUGGGCGAUGGGCACAAGGCUUUGCAGGAUGCUCUUGCGUGCAGUGAAAUGCGGCCUGGCUGGCCAAAGGGCUGGUACCGGCUGGGCGCCGCGCUCAUGUUAUUGAAGGUGUGA